CCGAUGCCCGAUGACUUUUAAAUACGUAAUGAUCCUGAUACUUUGUUUUUUUGUCAUACUUCUCAUUUACGAAAUGAAAUGGGACGAACCUUCACAACUGACCAAACUAAAGAGUUCCACAAGGACUUCUGAUAGUUCAGGAUUACAUAAUAAUUAUUCAAUAGUAAUAAUAAUACAAGUCCACGAUAGAGUCCAAUAUUUGAACAAUCUGAUCGAUAGUUUAUCUAAAGUGUUAUCAAUAUCUACAGCCCUUUUGGUACUAUCCCAUGACGUAGUUCAAGAGGACAUAAACAAUAUUGUUAGAAACAUAACAUUUUGUAAGGUCAUACAAAUAUUUUUCCCCUAUUCUAUCCAGAACUAUCCCGAUAAAUUUCCUGGAAACGAUCCGAAUGAUUGUCCUCGAGAUAUGCUCAAAAUUGAAGCGAUGAAAAGAAAUUGCAAUGGGGCUCGCUUUCCCGAUAAAUACAAUCAUUAUCGCGAUCCUAAAUUAAACCAAAUCAAACACCAUUGGUGGUGGAAGGCAAACUACGUGUUUGAUAAGCUAGAUGUGACCCAAAAUCAUACAGGACUCUUUCUAUUUUUGGAGGAGGAUUUCUACGUACUUCCUGACCUUAUUAACGUGGCAAAGCUGAUGGGCAACGCGUGCAAAAGGUACAACGACUGCGGUGGAAUCAUUUUAGGCGAAAAUUUAAGAUUUAUAUGUCACAGAAAAGAACUGCGUGCUCAUCUACAGUACAAAAAAAUCAAUUCUGUUGGAUUUGCUAUUUACAGAAGAACCUGGGAAGCUAUAAGGAAAUGUUACAGGUAUUUUUGUACGUUCGACGAUUACAAUUGGGACUUUAGUUUGUUGUACGCGUUAAAGAUGUGCCUGAAAAGCGAUGUAGCUUUCUUGACCAAUUCUUGUUCGCCGAGAGUGAUACACAUUGGCUCGUGUGGUGUCCAUUAUGACAAGAAUAGAACACAGGAUUGUGAACGAGGUUUGCGAAACGUCGAAAUGGCGAAUCAUAUUUUGAUGAGAAAUCUUAAUCCCAAAAAAAUAAACGUUACAGUACAAUAUAAAAAAUCGAAACCUAGAAAGGAGUCUGGCGGUUGGGGAGAUCCAAGAGACCACAACUUAUGUUUAUCUAUGGUUAAUCGAAAUGUAUAAAACUGAUAAAGUAAUAUUUUUCUUGUCUUAAAGAGAUGUGUUUUUAACAUCAUUAAGUUAACAAUGACUACAAACAAUAAUUAGCACUAAAUACUUGUCUGUUAGCUACGAUGAGUUUUACUUGAACUAUUUCUUAUCAUUUAUAAAGGUAUUUGGGAUAUAAAUCAUUAUCAAAUUCUUUUUGUAUAAUCUGUGUAUUGUGUUAGUUAAAAAACCUU